AUGAGUGUUGAGACCCCACCCAAACUCCAGAAGCUGGCAAUUCAGGCUCUGGUGAGAGAUGAGGCUUUGGCCAUGUCCUCUCUGGAGGAGCUCCCCUUUGUACUCUACCCAGAUCUGUUCAAGGAGGCCUUCAUUGGCAGACAAACCAAGCUCAUAAAGGCUAUGGUGGCAGCCUGGCCUUUCCCCUGUCUCCCUGUGGUGGCAUUGAUGAAGGGGCCUGCAUUGGUUACCUUGCAUGCUGUGCUAGAUGGAGUAGACAUGCAAUUGAGGAGAGAGUUUUACCCCAGGAGAGCGAAACUACAGGUUCUCGAUAUGAGACAAGUAAACUGUGCAUAUUGGAAAAUAAGGGAUGAAGCAGGUGACAGUGACUGUUCAGCAGAGACCUUGGACGAAAAGCAAGUAGUGAAGGUCCUUCCCAGAUAUGCAGUGAGGCAGCCUCUGAAUGUCAUAGUUGACCUAAUCUUCACUUCCCACCAAAGUGAAACAGAAGCAUUUUUCUUCAGUUGGGCCCAGCAGAGAAAGGAUUCCCUACAAUUGGGCUGUACCAAAAUGAAGAUCUGGCCUCUGCCAUUCCAAAUUACCAGAGAAAUCUGGGAUAUUUUUGAUCCAGAGUCCACCACAGAAUUAGAACUGACUGUUGACUGGACUCUACAGCUAACACAUUUUGCUCCCUACUUGGGGCAGAUGAAGAAUCUUCACAAACUCUUCCUGGCACCUCCCAACAAGGACACUUACCCUAUUAUCAAUAUAGCAAGAAUCACAGAAGUCAAGUUUGUCAACAGGAUUAUUUCUCAGUUUUCCAAAUUCAACUGUCUCCAGCAUAUCUACCUGAAACGUGUCCAUUUUCUCAGAAACAAGAUGAAUCAGGUCCUAGGGUGCCUGAGGAUGCCCUUGGAGACCCUCUCCAUCACUCACUGCUAAAUUUCACAGCCAGACUUGGAUUUCUUAUCCUGCAGUCACAGUCUCUUUCAGCUAAAUCAUCUGGAAAUAGGAAUGGCCUUAUAUGCUUUUGAUCUUACGCAUCUGAGAGGGCCCGUAGAAAAAGUAGUAGACACUCCUGAGACUCUGGAUUUGUCAUGGUGUAAGAUGAAUGACUACCAGCUCAAUGUCCUUCUACUUGCCCUCACACAAUGCUCUCAACUCAACAAGAUCAACUUCUACAACAAUAACUUCUCAAUGCCCAUGCUUACGGACCUUUUGCAGCACACAGGUAACGGGAGCAAGAUGAAUGAGGAACAAUACCCUGCCCCUCUGGAGUGCUAUGAUGAGUUGACUCAUAUCUCCACCGAAAGAUUUGUUCAACUGUGUCGGGAGCUCAUGGCAAUAAGGCAGCCAAAGAACAUCUGCUUUGGUACAGAUAUCUAUCCUACAUAUUAUAACAACUGUGUCUAUGGCCAGGGGCCAAACUUUGUGCUUGUUGGCAGCAAACAUAAAUGCAGGUCUUUGGAUGUAAAUAAAUGA